UUGUCUCGCGCACGGCACCAAUCGAGCACACCGUCCACGACUCAGGUCGCGUGCGUGGCUAGGGUUGGUUUCGUCCUCCGGAUUCCGGCUCCCCUCUUCGCGCCACCCCGGCGAGACCCCAGACCGCCGGCGCAUCGAUCGAGGCUAUGAUGGCGGCGCAUAAGAUCCCCCUGGAGGUCGCCCACACCCUCGUCGAAAUCGCCGAGGUCGCGCGCUACGCCUACGAGCAUCGCUCCGGUCGCAGUCCGGCCCCCGACGACACCACGCCCCCACCCGUUGAUGCCGUUGACGGGGCGGAGGCCACGCGGUUGCGGGCGGAGAACGCGAUCCUCCGCGCCCGUCUCGCCGACGACCUCGCGCUCCUUCGCGAGCUUCACGGCGCCCCCUUUGUUUCUCAGGAGUGCCCACCCGAUUUACAUAAUCGUCUUGUAGCAUCAGUCAACAAUGGUAACUUCCUUGCUCACCUUGAGAAAGUACGAGAUGAGCCACUCCAUCAACAUACUGAACUAUUUCCUGGUGAUAUGGCAGAGGUGGAAAUUGGAGAUAUUCCAUACUCUAAAGGUGAUGGGAAGAAUGGGUCAUGGCUCUUGGUCUCGUGUGAUAAUGCUGGGGGUAAUUUGGAGGAAAUUAGUGGAAUUGAUGAUGAAAAUUAUGUAAUUGUUAAUGAAGAUGACAUUGUCGAUGCUAUUUCCACCUUUGUUGCUAGGUGCAUUCUUGAAGAUCCAAAGGCCAAGACAUUAUCAUCAGCGGACCUGCAAAAGGCUGUUGCAAUGGCAUUGGGAUCCAUGACAGAUCGGAAGAAAUGGAUAAGUUUCUGGGAGGCUGGAAAAGUGAUUUACAUACUGGCAACUUGGGGGAUCACAAUAGCAGGGCUGUAUAGGAGUCGUGCUGUCCUGAAAAUGGCAGCGAAAGGAGCUGUUGUGUCCGCCAAAUUUGUCAUGAAGGCAAUGUGAAGUGCCAAAGAAUAGUGGCAUCACGAUCAUGCGCAAUGAUCUGCAAGUUGUGAAUACAAACUCGUUGCGUCAGCUGUACAUAUGUAUCGUGUGAUGUGGUUUAUUUGUAAACUAUGAUUGUUAAGAUAUGCCAUAAGUUCGGAAUGAUAAUGACGUCUGAUUGUUUAUGAGUGAUAAUAAUGGGGCAUAUGUCUGCUUGGCAUGCUUCAGUUGAUUUGUGGGAACUGUCGUUUCUUCAUGUAGUGAACUUCCUCUUUGUUGUACUACACCUCACGGCAAGGUUCCGUAUGGUGCAAAUUCCUGAGAUGUCAGGUCGUGAGGUUUGUUAGUUUUGUUUUCUUUGUUCCAUGUGUACAGAGAUUUUGUAUGUGUGCAACUUACUUGGUGAAAUUUUUCGCUCAGUGCAACCUGA